AUGCAGUCCAUGAUCACGAAGUUCCUAUCCAAGGAAGAAGAACGCACAACGAACCUUGAAGACGCGGUUCUUUACCCCGGGUUUGACGAGGCCCAUGGGCACCCUGCGGUCAUGCAUCAACAACUUGAGGACGCAGGGACAAUGUUGUUAACAAUGAGUCUCGAGAUCGGAAGAAAGAUUGCUGCUGAGGAGAGCGUCUUAUCUGGGUUCCCGAGUAUGGCAGAGGAGAUACAGAGGUUGAAAAGGGCCAGGAGGGAUCAGUUGAUCUAA